AUGGUCGCCACCACGAGCUCUCUCCUCGACCAGGCCCAUGACGGCGACGCAGGCGCCAUCGCAUCGCUCCUCGCCGACGUCAAGCUCCAUGGCCUCACGCCCGAGGUCGCCGGCCCGUCCCUCCUCGUCCUCGCAGCCCGCGCGGGCGACCUCGAAGCCGUCGAUAGCUUGCUGGCGGUGGGACUCAAUGUCAACGCGAUCGUAGCCCAGGACACGACCCCGCUCAUCACAGCAGUGCAAUCCGAGCAUACCGAGAUUGUGCGAUCGCUUCUACGUCACGGCGCCGAUCCCAAUGUAGUGCCGCCCAGCGGAUUCACGGCGCUCCAAGAGGCGUGUCGACACGGUCUCACCGACAUUGUGACGGCGUUGCUCGAGCACGGCGCCGACACGGAAGCCUGUGCCGACGACGACGGCGUCACAGCGCUCUGCUACACCUUUGAUGCCAACGAUGUGGAGAGUGCGCGCGUGCUGCAUGACUUCCGCGCCAACGCCAACGUCAUGCUUUAUGGCAUGCCGCUCUUCUUACUGGCCGUCGACGUGCACUCGGUGGACUUUGCCAAACUGCUUGUCGAAACCUACGGCGUUGACGUCAACCAAGUCGACCGGAACGGCAACACGGCGCUCAUGCUCGCAACUCGCCGCGGCUGGGACGACCUCGUUACGUACCUCGCGCCGCGCUGCAACGUCAACGCAGUCGCUGCGCACGGCUAUUCGGCGGUUGCCAUCGCAGCGGCGGCCGGCAACCUUGCGCUUGUCCACGCUCUGUACUCGGUCGGGGCGCACCUCGCGCCUUCCAAGCCCGUAUGUGACGUCUGUAACCUUGCGUACUGA